AUGUCAAAAGUGAUCAUAACCAUCUUAUUAGUAGCUUCUUUUGUAUCUGUUGCUUUGGCAGCAAACAAAACUACUUGUAAUUCUCAUCCUGCUUUUGCUAAAGCCAAAAAUAUACUCACUUACUCUCUUUAAUCUGAUAGCAAAGGUAAAUCUAAAAAUGAAGCUCUUCAAAAAUAAUUUCAAAAUGCUAAACCUACCAAUAGAACUGCUGCUGAUUUAGGUGUUUGCUCUCAAUAUGUUAAUUAAAACUCUUGUUGUGAUAAAAAUAUGGUAAAGUUGAUUGAUCAAGCUGCUUUAUUAAAAGUUAAACCUAUUCAAGAAGCCAAAAGUGCAUUCCAAAAAUUAAUUAGCGUUUAUAUUGCUUAGGUCUACAAAAACUGUUCUAACACUGUCCUUCCCUCAACUAUUAUUACUUUUGAUGCUAUUUUUAAUAAUUCAACUCUUAAAAUCUUGCAGGCUAAUAAAACAGCUCAAGCCACUUGCAAAAUAAAUUUCGCUAAGGCCAUUUCAUCUUUCACUAGAGGUGCUAUGUGCUCUAUUUGUGCUGGUGUUGAAAAUAUAAACGAUUACUUCAAUGCCUAGGGCUAACUUAAGAUUUCUCAAUCAUCAGUAAAUAGCUUCUUAUAAUCAACAGAUCAAUCGAUAUCUUGUGUUGCAAGUUUCUUUACUCCUUCUAAUAUAGAAUUGAUUGUUAAAGAAUUAAACGCUGCUUACAUAAAAAAUAACGACAAAUGUGGUGCUAAUGUAAUAGCUAAUGUCAAAACUAUUUUCGCUAAUCCAAAAAUUACAAAUGAUGAUGGUAAAGGGGGUAAAAUAUGUAAGGGAACAACUGUUUUUGGAGAUAAUUCUGCUUGUGAGAAUGUUUUAUAAGGAGAUCCAAAUUUAGAUUAGAAGAAUGCAAGAUUCCUUGGAUUUGAUGAUCAAAGUAUGAAUAGAUUACUAUAAAGCAUUGCAGAUGCAGUUGUUGACCCCAGCGGUGUUAGUGUUUACACUACCAGUAACACAGAUAAUUAUAUUGAUGAAAAUGGCAGUGGGAUAUAACCUAACUUCGAUUAAAUUAAUACUAACGAUGGGAUUUAAUUAACUUAUGGUAUUAUAUCUACUAUUAUAUUAACUUUAUUAAUUUGA